GGUCGUCGCACGGCGGCCGCCCGGCGGGCAGUGCGAGUUCGUCGUCAGUCGGGUGGGGUGCGCCCGUCAGCCGCUCCUGCGCUCUGCCAGGUGUCCGAGGGGAGGAAGACUUUGUACAGGUCGAGGACUGUGAGGGGGAGCUGUGUCGCUCGGACUGUAUCCACGCCGUCAGCAGCCGUUUAUCGCAUAAGUCUCACAAGCCGGUCAAUCAUCUUCAGACAGCACGCGGCGGCUUGCAUCAAUCAGGGUCGGAGCGGGUGAUGUAUUGAAGCGGCUGCGACCCGCUGCUGACCUGGGCCGGCCAUGGGCGGACGCCGAGUGACCCGAGUGACCUGCCCGACGUGCAGUGCCGUCUGUCUGCUGCUGCUGGUGCUGCUGGUCGCACCGGCAGUCGCCGUCAAAGGUCCGCCGGUGCUGAAGCAGAAGGUCUCUCCUCACCUGGUGGUGCGUCUGGGGGAUGAUGUCCGUCUCAGCUGUCCCGUGGCCGCCACGCCUCCGCCCAUGCUGGAGUGGAAGAAGGACGGCACGCAGAUCCUGGACGCCUGGGACCGGUUCACCCUGAGCGAGAACAUGCUGCGCGUCUCGCGAGUCACAGAAGACGAUGCCGGAGUCUACGUCUGUAUUGCCGUCAACGGCUUCGGCACGAUGAGGGUGGCCACCGAGCUCUUCGUCAUCGACCCGAAGUCGUCCACACAGUACAACGGGCGCGGCGCGGGCGGCGGUGAGCGUGUCAUGGCAGAUAACCUGGUCACCUCGCUGGGUCGCCCGCCGGUGAUCCUGCUGCAGCGGCCGAGCGGCGCCGUGGUGCGCGGCCCGGUCGGCUCCCGACACCGCCUGACCUGCACCACAUCCGGCUACCCCGAGCCGCAGGUCAAGUGGUAUAAGAGUGGCCACGCGGUGCUGAAGUCGGUGCGGGUGCAGAUCCACGGGCCCACCCUGGUGUUCACCCAGCUCGUGCCCUCUGAUGACGGCGUCUACAUCUGCGUGGCCUCCAACGUGUUCGGCUCGGCCAACCACAGUUUCACGCUGCAGACCACAGAGCCGCUGUCACCGGACCCGGUAUUUCUGGCGGCUCCAGCCAACACCACGGUGCACGAGGGAGAGAUGGCCGUCCUUCAAUGCCGCAUACAGAGCAUCUCCAAGGCGCACAUCAAGUGGGUGCGCAAGCUGGGGCCCUCCGCCACGGACGGGUUCAACCAGACGGUGAUGAUUGGAGACGGCCGGUACGCGGUGCUCUCCGGGGGCGCCCACACGGUCCAGGAUGGCGACCGCUACCUCACCAAGCUGACCCUGCCGGCCGUCCGGCCCAGCCAUGAGGGUGUCUACGUCUGUAUGGCGGCUAAUGAGAACGGCUUCAGCGGCCGAGAGGCGUUCCUGCACGUGGCGCCAGCUCCCGCCGACUCGAUGCAGGCGCUGCUGAUCGCGCUGCCUGUGGUCGCGCUCGUGGGCUUCCUGCUCGGAGCCGUCUGCUGUCUGCAGCGCCGCCGUAAGGCGCUACCGCCACCUAGCGACGCCAAGCAGAAGCACUAUGCGUCGAGUCUGCCGCCAGGCGGCGCGCGGCAGCACUACGUGACGCAGCGCUAUGACAAAGACGGCGAGCGCUCGGUGCGGACUGUGCUCAUGCCGCCGACGCCGCUACCCGUCACAGACGACGGCAGCCUGUCGUCGCGCUCGACGAACGCGCCGCCGCCGCCGCCGGCGCCGUACGACUACCGGCACUUCCGGCACCUCGACGUCGUGUAGAGACCGGUGACGGCGGCCAGCAGAGGGCCGCACUGACUCUGAGGUGGACGGGUGUGUGUGGACGCCGCCGGGCGAGGCGAAAAGACGCUAACGGCCGGGACGUGACGAGUGCGUGGUGCCGAGGAGUGCGUGCUGAGUGAUGGAUGUUGUUUACCGCCGCGGUGCCGAGUGAUGACUGUUUUGUACCCUGACUGUGUUGUCGUUCGAGAUGUUCGGUACUGGUGUUGUGCGCUGUAUAGUUAAACGGGCCGAGACGUGUAGCCUCUGCCUGGGCGCCGUCGGAGGGCGCGAGCUUUGUAUCUAGUCAUGUGUCCGUGCGGGGAGGGCUGUGGGUGGGAUGAGGGAGGGAGGGAGGUCAGAAGCUACCGGCACUUGUGUCAAUACGCUGUCGCGACCCGCCGGCGCUCGCGUUAUAAUCGAUGUUAAUCGUUUCACGCAAUCGCUGGUACAGCAACAACUUUUAUUUAUAGCAUUCCUCGGAGAGCACAGUAAUAUACAGAUUUAUAGGUGA